AUGUAAUAUGGGUUAGCUCUUAUUGCUUUAGCAUCAUCUAUCGAGUCGUCCACAUACACUGAACAGUGACCCCUAAAGACACCCCCGCCACCACAACGCCGCCGUCCACCACCACAACCUCACCGGCACAUCCCGUUUCUUCUUGAUAGACGGAAAUGCCCAUGCACUAACUGACCUGCCGCCUAUCUCGUCGAUAAUUAACUCCUAUCAUACCCGACCCGUUUCAUGACCUUUAUCCUCUCCCUUUCCGAAAGAGACAAACCAUUUCCCUUUUUCUCUUUUUUUAUUUUUAUUUUCCUUCAAAAUUACGUGUGCCUGUGAAUAAGCCCGGCCGCAUGGUUGGUAUAUAUAUAUAAGAGAGAAAACAAAAGGUGAGAGAAAGACCAUCUGAAAAAAAGUGUUUGAAGUUUAUCCAGCCUGAUGACCAAAAGUGAGAGUAAUAGUAUAUACAAUACAAAUUCAAAGACACACCGAGUUUAUUUUUCCCCCUUUCUCUCUCACACACACACACAGUCGGUCUGAUUUAAUUGUCGUUUUAUGUUGAAACCAGAGAACCAAAAAUCAAAAGGGAUUGUGCAAAUUUUGUACUAUAAAUUUUGCUUUGGUUUGGUAUACAACAAAAAUUAGUCUGUGUACUAGUACUCUUAGCACUAGUGCGAGAGCGAAGCAGAGAGUUGUGACUGAACGGAUUUUCCUACAAAGCCGGCAGGUAUGGCGUCGUCCAAGGUGAUGUCGUCUACAUCUCCGGCCAAUCCGGAUCUGCCACGCCACUCCACCACCCCUUCUUCUUCCAAUUCUCGCCCCCCUCACUCAAUUCCCGAUACCCCUUUUCUUCAUCACCGCCAUAACUACCUCAAUCAUCAUCAGCCUCCCGUCCCAUUUCAAACCGAUCAACUCCACCCUCAGCCUGAUCAAACCGUCGCCUCCCCUUUUGGGUCUAUGAAUAUGGAGGAAAUGCUCAAGAACAUGUACUCUGAACCUGACGCCCUUCCCGGGCCGGAAUCUCCCUUGGGCACUGGAGGUUCGGUCGGGAAAAAUGUGGCCGGCGUUGGGGGUAAGACGGUGGAUGAGGUCUGGAAGGAGAUUGUCACCGGCGGAGAAGCAGCCGGGAGCAAGGAGCCCAGGAUGACGUUGGAGGAUUUUCUCACCAAGGCUGGGGCUGUUAGUGAGGAGGAUGUCAGGGGAGCUCCUUCUCAGGUGUCAGCUGGUUAUGGCAUGGACACCAUGAUGAAUGCCGCUGUUCCUGUUCAAUUUCCGGCGGCUCCAGGGCCGUUGGUUCACAUGCAGAAUGGCCAGGGGGGUUUUGGCAUGGAGACACACAUGGGUUUUGCCAAUGGGAUGGUUCCGGCACCUGUCGCCGGCUCUGUCAGACCAGGUAGUGGCGGUGGAGGUGGCAGAGGUAAGAGGAGGGUUCCGCCGGUGGAGGACGUGGCGCUUGACAAAGCCACGCAGCAGAAGCAGAGGAGGAUGAUCAAGAACAGAGAAUCUGCUGCAAGGUCUCGGGAGCGCAAGCAGGCUUAUACUGUGGAAUUGGAGUCUCUGGUGACUCAAUUGGAGGAGGAAAACGCAAGGCUUCUGAGAGCAGAGGCGGAACAAAAAAAAGAGAGGUUUAAGCAGCUUAUGGAAAACUUGAUUCCUGUUGUGGAGAAGCGAAGACCUCCUCGAGUUCUGCGGAGAGUUCAAAGUAUGAGCUGGUAGGCUGGGGUUUAUUGUUUAUAGUCAUCAAUGAUAAAAUGUAGGAAAAAGGUGGUUUAUGACCCAUUGAAGGAGACAUUCCGAUGUGGAAGAAUAUGCUUGAUGGGGGAGUAUUUGCAGAAAGAAAUGAAACCGAAAGGUGUGAUUAGAUAUCGAGGAUGUUUUCUCAUCAGCGAUUUGUGAUGAAGCAUGAGGUCUAUCUCUUUUAGGCUUUUACAUAGCUUAGGUGGUGUUGUAGAGAAAGUGAUUACCGUCUUUUUUAUACAGGAAAAUGUAGUCUCUCUUGUUACUUCUUCAACUUUGACUAAUUUAUACAUGUAAUUUGUAAUGUAUUUAUAGUUAUAUACAAAUAAAGGGAGUUUUAUAUGGUAGAUUUUGUUAGAGAAAAAUUGGUUCAUUCAGGUCAAGUUGAUUUUGCUAUUGGCCUACAAAAGCCUGCAAGUACAACAUGGAUGAGUUGUGCUGAUAUCACCCAGAAGUUGGUGAACAUGUUUGCUCUUCAAGCUAUCAGUACCAGAAAAGCCCAGAAGAGAAGGCCAGGUUUGAAUCUGACAAUGAUCAAUGCCUUGAAUAAGAUACAAUUUGUUAAAAGAGGAUGUAUUUGUGUGUUUUCUACUCCGUGCAAAGCCAUUUGUGCUUUGAGCAGUUAUGGUUAAUACAAAUGGGCUUUUUGAGGAAACUGGGUUUGAGAUCAAUUUUUUUUUUGCAUUCACUGGACUGGUUUUCUCUCGGGCGGAGGGAUUCAAAUAAAUAGUGCAUGAUUUGUGAUCUCAAAUUCAUCCAAUGAAAUGAAUGGUUUUUCUUUUUCCGACUGGAGGGGAGGGAGUAUAGAAAUAGUGCAUUUUUUUGUGAGUUCAAAUAAUUCAUUCAAUGAAAUGACUCAUCAAAUCUACUUCAGCUGCAAAGUUGAUGUAGUCGUUUGAUACCCACCCUUUUAAGUUAAAGAAUGAUUGUACUGUGACAUGUUUUCCUACUAUUACCUAUGUG